GUGUCACCGUUUGUUGUGUAAUGUAAUAUAAUACAUUUUACUGUUCUGAACUGUUGUUACAGGUUGAAAUGAAUUAUUUGAGCAGUGGGAAAAUCUGUUAAAUUUCAACAAUUUAUCUUACACUGAAAUCAAUCUCUCUGCCCCACUUAUGGAAACUUACUUCCCUGGCAGCAAUGCUUCAUGUGUCUCGGCUGAAUGGCAAAAGGGGGAAAUCCUCAGGGGAUCCUUCACCUAUCUGACCUCUUUUCUGCAGAUUUUAUUUAUUUAUUUUUAGCUCAGAAACAGCUAUCUUUCUUACAAUGGUCCUGUGAGCUUCACAGCGAGCUAGACAUCCCAUCCAAGCUAUUCUUGGACAAAGCUUAAUGAGUCUUACACUUGGCAUUCUUUUCAACCAUGAGUGACAGGGGUAUAUGACAGAGAGUGAAACGAAGGGAGGGAAAGGAGUGAGAAACAGGCAGGUGGGGAGAGAGAAAUAGCGAGUGAGAGAGGAGAAGAGGAGAAAGACAGGAGCAGAAACAUACAGAGUGAGAAUAGGGACACAAGCCAAAGCCUACUUGUAUGGAAGAAGACUUGAAUUUGAAAAAACACACACAAACCAAACGUUUCAGCGUUUCACUGCUGAAAGAAUAGUCUCAUAUACAACACAGGGGAGGCAUUUAAAUCCCCUUGACUCCAAUCCUUCACUGGAUAUUUCCAAGCUUGGAGAACCAUGCAGCCUUUUUCAUUGUCGGUGCUGACCUGUCUUUAUCUAUCACUGGCAACACUGUCCUUCGCCGAGGAGGGCCUGGAGUUCCCCAGCUUCGAUGGGAAGGACCGCGUUCUGGACAUCAAUGAGCGCAACUACAAGAAAGCUUUGAAGAGGUUUGACAUGCUGUGCCUGCUAUAUCAUGAGCCUCUACCAACCAAUAAGGGCAUGCAGAAACAGUUCCAGAUGACCGAGCUGGUACUGGAGCUGACAGCCCAAGUCCUGGAGGACAAAGACAUUGGGUUUGGCAUGGUGGACUCCCAGAAGGAUGCCAAAGUGGCCAGGAAACUGGGGCUGGAAGAGGAGGGCAGUCUGUACGUCUUCAAGGAUGAUCGUGUGAUCGAGUUUGACGGGGAGCUCUCGGCAGACACUCUGGUGGAGUUCCUGCUGGAUGUGUUGGAGGACCCAGUGGAACUCAUUAGUAAUGCCAUGGAAAUCCGUGCCUUUGAAAGAAUGGAGGAAGACAUACGUCUCAUUGGUUACUUCAGGGGAGAAGACUCAUACUACAAGGCCUUUCAGGAGGCCUCAGAACGUUUUCAACCCUACAUCAAGUUCUUUGCCACAUUUGACAAAACCGUGGCAAAGCAUCUUUCUCUAAAGAUGAAUGAGGUGAACUUCUACGAGCCCUUCAUGGAGGAACCUUCCAUUCUUCCUGGAAGGCCUCUCUCGGAGAUGGACAUCGUUGACUUUGUCAACCAACACCGAAGGGCUACUUUGAGAAAACUGCGUGCAGAAGACAUGUUUGAGACGUGGGAAGAUGACAUGGAUGGAAUUCACAUCGUGGCUUUUGCUGAGGAGGAAGAUCCUGACGGCUAUGAGUUCCUGGAGAUUCUUAAAGACGUAGCGAGAGACAAUACCAACAACCCAGAGCUGAGCAUCGUGUGGAUCGACCCAGAUGACUUCCCUCUGCUAACCACCUACUGGGAGAAGACCUUCAAGGUUGACCUGUUCAGGCCUCAGAUUGGAGUGGUCAACGUGACAGACGCUGACAGCAUCUGGUUGGACAUGUCCAACGACGAGGACCUGCCCACGGCGGAAGAGCUGGAGGACUGGAUAGAGGACGUGCUGUCUGGGAGGGUCAACACGGAGGAUGAUGAUGUGGCAGAUGACGGUGAUGAUCAUGACCGGGAUAGACAUGAUGGUGGUGACAGGGAUGACGACGAUGAAGAGGAUGACCGUGAGGAGGAUGAUUAGCCACACAGCUGGUCUAUGCCUUGACCAUGCAAAAAAAGGCCAUCUUGUCACAUUGUCAUUACCCUGGUAUUGACAUGGAAAUUGGGUGACUGGUAGUAACACAGUAAUACUUUCUGUAGGUUUUGUACAAGGUAAAUAGUAUCUAUAUAAUAUAUCAGCAAAACAAAAGCUAGGCAAUUGUCAGGCUACAUUGUACAAGAUAUCUUAGAUUGGCUCCAUCAAUGAGAACAUUUUCAAAAUAAAAAAUUUAAGCUAUGGAUUGUAAGCUAAGAUAGAUAUUAUUUAGGUAUAGAGAGUGUCUUAGUAGAACGAGUCAGUACUCCACACGACAACAAAUCACUUUGUGCACUGUACUGUGGUUGUGUAAUAAUUGAUUGUCCUUGAAUGGUUGCCGUGAUAACAUAUGAAUAAAUCUGACUUGACAUUCUUA